AUGCACAAGAUCCAACAACGGUCCUUCAAGCUACAGGCGGUGCUGGGGCUCCGCUUCUAUGAGGCGGCACCGUUCCCGCCGGUACAACCAGUGAUCCCGGAUGUGACGGCACUAAGCGUUGCUGUCAAUCGAGGAUCACUCGAAAGUCAACACGAUACGACAUCGCCUGCUGUCCCUCCUCAGCAAUCACCUGCCUCCGCAAGCCCAAACCUACUCGCAAGUGAAACCUGGGAUCCGAGUUACUGGUCGUUCCCAGUAGAUCCCGCAAUAGGAGUCAUAUCACUCCCCAAGCCCGUCUCAGCCAUGUGGUGGACACCCGGUCUCGCUCACGAUCUCGUGUCCUGGCAUGAACUCCUUUCUGCCCGACCUCAGCCACAGCAGGGCCCCAUGGUCCGCUCCACACCGCUACAACGCAUCACUGGCACUUGGACGGCGACUGCCAUACCACAGAUCCUCUUCGACAUGAGCCUCACCAAGGUCGGCUCGAUAACGCUCUAUGACAUCACCAUUCCACCUCAGUCAAACCACAGUUCUCGGUACUCAGCCGGCCGCUGGCUCUUCAUCCUCAUGAACCAAGCCACGGGCGAAGACUCCGACGCUCCUUCUCGACCCGCCUCAAGUAUCCCCACCGACCACGGCGGCCGCCUUGCUAUCAGACAGGCACCAGCCCAAGCCGCCGACAACGUCUCGCAGCACCAUACACCCGCCCACAUAGCCGACAGUGCUGCAGAGGACCAGACAGCAUCCGCCAACCCAGAGCGCAACCCCAAGAGACGCAAAACCCACAGCGAUAUGCCGGCACCGCCCUUACCGCAUCAAUACCAACCACAACAGCGCAACCCUCUUUCCACCAAACCUCCUCUACCUCCCUUUGCUCCCGGCACAUCCUGGCAGCUCCUCGCCCUCCCGCUGUACGCAGUGACAUCGCAAUUUUCCCGCUCUACGAACAUCCCCACCUCUACAAGGCGCGAGGAGUCCAGCGGCCCCAACAACGACAGCGCCACUAAUGCACAGGGAGCCAGGAACUCGAGGGAGCUGGUGCAGACGGAGCUUAGGCUGGGCCGUGCCGGGUUUCUACCGCUGGUCGAUGGGCAUGAGUUACGAUUUGAGUUCUGGGAUCGGUUCUGUCACGCUAUGGGAAAGGGACAGGGAGCAUUGAUGCUGUUGACGGAGGAGGUGGUGGGCGGAAUAGGCUAG